GGUCAGACUCUGUCAUUUUGCUCAAGGUAAAGGAUUCCAGAACCCCAGCACCAAGCCUCCCAUUCUUCCAGGCAGAACUGUGGAUCAAAGAACUGACCAGCGUCUACGAUUCACGAGCUCGGGAGAGAUGGCGGCAAAUUGAAGAGCAGAAAGCGCUGGCCUUACAGCUGCAAAGCCAGCGGUUACAGGAACAGGAACACUCCGUGCAGGAUCUGGUGGAUUUAAAUCUGCGUGUACCCCUGGAGAAGGAAAUCCCUGUCACAGUGGUCCCAGAAGAGAAAGAGGAUGCCAAGUCAGCUGACGGCGAAGAGGAGUUCCCUGAAAUCACCGAGGAAAUGGAAAAGGAAAUAAAGAACGUAUUCCGAGGUGGGAACCAGGAUGAGGUCCUCAGCGAAGCUUUUCGGUUAACAAUCACUCGGAAAGACAUUCAGACCCUCAAUAACCUGAACUGGCUCAAUGAUGAGAUAAUUAAUUUCUACAUGAAUUUGCUGAUGGAACGAAGCAAAGAGAAGGGUUUGCCGGCAGUUCAUGCGUUCAAUACUUUCUUCUUUACCAAAUUAAAAACAGCGGGGUACCAGGCCGUGAAACGGUGGACUAAAAAAGUGGAUAUCUUUUCUGUGGAUCUCCUCUUGGUGCCUAUUCAUCUGGGAGUGCACUGGUGCCUAGCAGUUGUAGACUUCAGGAAGAAAACCAUCACCUAUUAUGACUCCAUGGGGGGAAUAAACAGCGAAGCCUGCAGGAUACUGUUGCAAUACUUAAAACAGGAAAGUCUUGACAAAAAAAGGAAAGAGUUCGACACUAACGGCUGGUCGUUGCUGAGCAAGAAGAGUCAGGAGAUCCCACAGCAGAUGAACGGCAGCGACUGCGGGAUGUUUGCCUGCAAAUAUGCUGACUGCAUCACCAAAGACAAGCCCAUCAACUUCACUCAGCAACACAUGCCCUAUUUCCGAAAGCGAAUGGCCUGGGAGAUCCUCCAUCGCAAGCUGUUAUGA